UGUCAAACAUGGACUGACAUGGCAUACGUCUGGGUACAACAGUGGGUUGCUCUUCCUCUCAUACUCGAAAAUCAGAUGGGCGACAUACCUCAAGGGUCCAGUUCUCAGGCUCUGGAUCCCACUACAGCUACCGCUGCGCCUGACACCCACCAUGGCUCGUCGACUCCAUCUUCAUCCAAUGCGAAGUCACUUCCGAAUAAUCCUCCCUUCUACUCUCAGCUGAGUUCCAUUCCACAAGCCCAACCGCGCUCCGACAUGCGUGCUUCCCCAUACCCACCAAGCCAACACUACCCCGACCAAACCCCAUCCACCAUGAUGAACAUGGGCGCAAUGGCUGGUGCGCUUCCUGAUUAUGCUACCCACGACUCUGGGGCUCAUGCCCUCCCGCCCCAGGGCCAGCGACAUCUGUCCGGCGCCUCUACCGCAGCCAUGGUCUAUCAGCUUCAACAGAACAUGCAGCUGCCCGGUCCAGCUUCUGGAUCAAUCCCCACACAACAUCCCUAUGGACCGGGCUUUGCUCCAGGUCAAUUCCAUCCAAACUUUUCUCCUUCGCCCGGUCCCCAGCAUGGCAACUACGCUGCUUUCCCCGCUGGCCAACCGCGCAUGCAAGCUACGGCAUCAAUGCCAGGUCCCUACCAGCACUUCCCCCACCAGCCAUCGCAAUACAUGUAUUACCCCUCGCCUUAUGGACCUCAGAUGCAAUACGCUCCCGCAAUGCCCGGACACAAUACACAAGGUCAACCAAUGUAUGGCAGAAGGCCUAGUGUGCCUGGCGCACAUGGUCCUGGACCGGGGUCAAUGGAUAUGCCGCAACAGGAUGCUGGCUAUGCUGCCAAUCGCAUGAAUAACAAUGCCACCAUGGGAGACUCUGGCGUCAUGGCUAACAUGUAUGGUGGUCCAUUCAUCCACCAGCAAGGCAUUCCCCGUUCCGGAACUUCUAGCUCAAUCCCUCGUGGGCCUCCUCGGAAACCAAAACAGUCGGGCCAUGCACUUUGGGUUGGCAAUCUCCCUCCAGGCACAACGGUCAUUGCGCUCAAGGACCAUUUCUCGCGCGAUGCAACAAAGGAAAUUGAGAGCUUAUUCCUCAUCUCAAAGAGCAAUUGCGCUUUCGUGAAUUACCGGACCGAAGCAUCCUGUACUGCCGCCAUGCACAGAUUUCACGACUCCAGAUUCAACGGUGUAAGACUUGUAUGCAGACUACGGCGCAGUUCUGCAGCAACAUCGGGAGUUCCUACAGGUCCUUCGGCAAUGGUUGGAGCACGAACAUCAAGCGCUUCUGCUCCACACUCUCCACUUGAAGUUGAGGAGCAAGAAUCGGCGCAAGUUGAAGCCGAGGCGACACCUCAAGAGAGUCAUGAGGAGAGCAAGUCACCCGUCGUCAUAUCACCCAAAAAGUAUUUUAUUGUAAAGAGUCUCACGCUACAGGAUCUCGAGCUUAGUGUCCGGAAUGGUAUUUGGGCCACUCAGUCGCACAACGAAGAAACUCUGAACAAAGCUUUCGAGAGUGCUGAAAACGUUUACCUUAUCUUCUCCGCCAAUAAAUCGGGUGAGUACUUUGGAUAUGCUCGGAUGGCGUCAUCUAUCCUUGAGAACGCCGGAGAUAUUACAGGCUCGGCACCAAAGCCCGAGAACAUACUCGAAUCACCCGACGUACCCAAGUCGAUCCCCACAGCUGCUACCGAAUUUGCACCCAAGGGGCGAAUUAUCGACGAUUCGGCCCGUGGGACCAUAUUUUGGGAGGCGGAAUUGACUGACUCGGAAGAAGACGAAGGGGUGGAGAGCGCAGAGAAGGAAAAAGAGGAAGCACAGCCUCAAUCCCAGGAAGGAGACGGAGAUGCGCCGGCGGUAUCCCAGAGCUGGGGAAAACCCUUCAGGAUCGAAUGGAUCUCGACUAACCGACUGCCUUUCUACCGUACCCGUGGACUUCGCAACCCUUGGAACGCUAAUCGAGAAGUCAAAAUCGCUAGAGACGGCACCGAACUUGAGCCUGCUGUCGGGGAGCGUCUGGUACAGAUGUUCCACCGGCUUGGUCCAUCCAACGCCCCCGGUGGACCGUUGCCACCGCCGCAGGUCGUGAUGCAAGCUCCCGCACUCGGUGGGCCUCACAUGCCGCCCUACUGA